CUCUUCAAUGCAGAGCUAAUUUAAUGCUCUAUUUGUGUUUUAUCCCAUAGGCUAUGUUACAUUUAAGUUUGUGUAUAUUUAUGCGAUAUCGGAAUGAUAUCAGGAAUCGGUUGGGAUGAAACUGCAUCCGUAUCGCGGAAAAGAUGUGUUAGCGAGGUAAAACAUGUUCUUUAUUGUCUGCGUUGCCCCUAAUCCAGAAGCAUUUGCUUUUUCUCGCUAGCCGCCCCCCGUUCAAGCCUAAUAAUGUCAGAUUAAGCUCGGCGCAACUGUCCAUCUGACAUAACGGCUUGAUUUGUGCUAGAUUGGAAAAUCUGGAUGGGAUGCCUCCCAAUCCUUAUAAUUCCGCACACACACACACACAUACAUAGACACAUGUGAGCGGAUUAAAAAAAAAAACGUAGGAGAUGGAUCUUCUACAGAACGGUAGAAUCGGUUUUUACCGAUUUAUUGGGUUCAAAGUUCUAUGUGAGUUUGGGCGUCUGGUAGAAUGGGACACCGUCUUCGUUCCUCGAUAUGUCCCCGCGAUACCUUCACGCUUCGGUGGGCAUGCCCUCGUUUUAUCGGAGCAUAACAAAAGGGGGCAAAAAAAAAGUGUGUGGGGGGGCGUGUUUUCAUGAUACGGACUAUUUAGACUCCAAAAACAGUACGCUAAACAGCUAAAGUUAGUCGUUGAUGUACCGCGAGCGUUAUACCGUACCAUUUCGGGGAGCGGUCACAUGUUCCUGCGGGUCGCUCACGUGACCCCGUCGGCACGGACCAAUCAGGUGGCGAGUCAUUCCGAGCACAGCAAAAAGGAAGCGCGUGAAGGCGGGGGUUAUCAUUUUCCUUUUUACGAUUUUUAAUCUAGCAACACCAACGGCGCUCGCUGACAUCAUUCUUCGCUACAGAAAGGUGACCUCCCUCUGCACCAUCGCAUUCCCACCGGCCCUCCGACUCCUCUCUUGACGUGACCACGCCCCUUCCUCUCACAUCCGACAUGGAGCCCAUCAAGGUCCAAUCAGAAGGUGGACUGAAUGUGACCCUGACCAUCAGGCUGCUGAUGCACGGCAAGGAGGUCGGCAGCAUCAUAGGAAAGAAAGGGGAGACGGUAAAGAAAAUGCGUGAAGACAGUGGCGCCCGCAUCAACAUCUCGGAGGGCAACUGCCCCGAGCGGAUAGUCACCAUCACGGGGCCGACGGACGCCAUCUUCAAGGCCUUCGCCAUGAUCGCCUACAAGUUUGAGGAGGACAUCAUCAACUCCAUGAGCAACAGUCCCGCCACCAGCAAACCCCCCGUCACCCUGAGGCUGGUGGUCCCGGCCAGCCAGUGCGGCUCGCUUAUUGGCAAGGGGGGAUCCAAAAUCAAAGAGAUGAGAGAGUCUACAGGCGCUCAAGUCCAGGUGGCGGGAGACAUGUUACCCAAUUCCACCGAGAGGGCCGUGACCAUCUCCGGGGCGCCUGAAGCCAUCAUCCAGUGUGUCAAACAGAUAUGUGUGGUGAUGCUGGAGUCCCCACCGAAAGGUGCCACAAUCCCCUACCGCCCCAAGCCUGCCUCCACCCCUGUCAUUUUUUCAGGUGGCCAGGUAAGAGCGGACCCACUGGGGGCGUCCACAGCCAACCUCAGCCUCUUACUGCAGCACCAGCCACUGCCUGCGUACACCAUCCAAGGACAGUAUGCCAUCCCGCAUCCAGAUCAGUUGAGCAAGCUCCACCAGUUGGCUAUGCAGCAAACCCCCUUUACCCCCCUCGGACAGACCACCCCUGCCUUCCCCGCAGCAGGUCUGGAUGCCAGUAACCAGGCCAGUACUCAUGAACUCACCAUUCCCAAUGAUCUAAUAGGCUGCAUAAUUGGACGCCAGGGAACCAAAAUCAACGAGAUCCGUCAGAUGUCUGGGGCACAGAUCAAAAUUGCUAACGCCAUGGAAGGGUCAUCGGAACGCCAGAUCACCAUCACAGGGACCCCCGCCAACAUCAGCCUGGCCCAAUACCUCAUCAACGCAAGGUUUCGCGAUGUGGCGGCCAUGUGGAACGACCCGUCCUCCAUGACCACAUCCUGAGGUCCCUGGCUGGCUCUUCCAUCUUUGGCCCUUCCUAAACGACUGACGAUGCCCUCCAGACUCUGGCUCUCCGAAAACCCUGCGCAUCGGCCAUUCUGGUCCCUGUCCACGCACCAUUGAGGGCCGAAGCUGACUCGGAUUUCCGAGAGCCACUUAAAUUCCCGUUUUAGUCACAGAAAAAAAAGAAGAAAAUCUGUUUUAUUAGCUUUUUGUUUUAGAGAACUGUUAAAGCAUGUUGAAUGUUUAUUAGCAAAAACUUGUGUUGCGUUUUUUUUUUGUUUUUUGUUUUCUUUCUCUGCGUUUCUCUGUCAGUGCUGCGUCAUAGAACAUUUAUAAGAAAUCAAACAUGGAACUUCAUCUUGUAGAACGUAGUUACUUGCAUUCGUUACCGCUCGGUGAUGCUGUGGGCAGAGUGUGGUGGGAUGUAAACAAACUUUUAUAAUACCGUCUUAGAAAAAGGGAGAAUUUAGUCCAAGAAAAAGUAAAAAAAAAAAAAAAAAUACAAUACAGGACCCCUUUUUAGCCAAUGGUAUCACUCCUGGAACCUCCCUUUUGGUGUUGUACCCCGAUAUUUAUAUUCUUAUUAUAUUGCAUGUGUUACGUGUCGUAUCGUCGUGUAUUUGAACAGAACCCGUUCGGUGGACCUUGACAUGUUACGAUAUUUCCGCGCUCCUGCUUUUUCCCCGCUCAUGUUUUUCAGCUUGAUUACCGGCCGCCCACGUGGAACCCGUGCCCCCCCCCCCCCUGCAGUCUCCUCCCAUGACUAGCGUGACUAGCGUGUACGUGCAUGAAUGCGAUUAGAGGCUAUUUCAUAAACUGGCUUAUUGAAAUGAUUGUUUAUGAUUUGUACUGUAUUUGUUUUUUUUGUAUAAGGACUUUUAUUGUGACAAUUUUGUCAGACUACGCGGCACUCAUGCAAUAGAAGAACCCAAGAUCCGAUACCCUGGACUGACUCUGAUUGGUGGCCUUGGGUUUGGUCCGAAAAAACCUUUUAGCGCUGGCAAAAAGAAACAAAAAAGGGAAAGAAGAGGUUGGAGCGAGCCAAAUGGUGUUUGGGGGGGGGGCGGGGCAAGGAAUGUUCAGGGCGGCGUGGCCACUCAUGAUUGUUUGUUUCUUUCAUUGUUCAGUCGACGCUUUAAGUUUGAAUGUCUUUCUAUGGCAACUUUAUUGCUCAUAUUAUUAUUAUGAUUAUUAUUAUUAUUAUUAUUUUUCAUUCAUUCAUUCAUUUUCUACCACUUAUCCUCACGAGGGUCGCGGGGGUGCUGGAGCCUAUCCCAGCUGUCUUCGGGCGAGAGGCGGGGUACAUCCUGGACUGGUCAUUAUUAUCAUUAUUAUUUUUAAUUAUUAUUAUUAUUAUUAUUAUUUUUCAUUCAUUCAUUGCCUACCGCUUAUCCUCACGAGGGUCGCGGGGUUUGCUGGAGCCUAUCCCAGAUGUCUUGCGGCGAGAGGUGGGGUACACCCUGGACUGGUCAUUAUUAUUUUUUUUUGUUUGUUUUAAUUAUUAUUAUUUUUAAUUAUUAUUAUUAUUAUUAUUAUUAUUCAUUCAUUCAUUGUCUAUCCUCACGAGGGUCGCAGGGGUGCUGGAGCCUAUCCCAGCUGUCUUCCGGCGAGAGGCGGGGUACACCCUGGACUGGUCUUUUUUUUUUAUUAUUAUUAUUAUUAUUAGUAUUAUUAUUAUUAUUAUUAUUAUUCAUUCAUUUUCUACCGCUUAUCCUCACGAGGGUCGCAGGGGUGCUGGAGCCUAUCCCAGCUAUCUUGGGGCGAGAGGCGGGGUAAACCCUGGACUGGUCAUUAUUAUUAUUAUUUUUAAAAUUAUUAUUAUUAUUAUUAUUAUUAUUAUUAUUAUUAUUAUUAUUAUUAUUAUUAUUCAUUCAUUCAUUUUCUACCGCUUAUCCUCACGAGGGUCGCGGGGGGUGCUGGAGCCUAUCCCAGCUGUCUUGGGGCGAGAGGUGGGGUACACCUUGGACUGGUCAUUAUUAUUAUUUUUUUUAAUUAUUAUUAUUAUUAUUAUUAUUAUUCAUUAAUUCAUUCAUUCAUUUUCUACCGCUUAUCCUCACGAGGGUCGUGGGGGUUGCUGGAGCCUAUCCCAGCUGUCUUGGGGCGAGAGGCGGGGUACACCCUUGACUGGUGGCCAGCCAAUCACAGGGCACAUAUAGACAAACAACCAUUCACACUCACAUUAUUAUUAUUAUUAUUAUUAUUAUUAUUAUUAUUAUUAUUAUUAUUAUUAUUAUUAUUAUUAUUAUUAUUAUUAUUAUUAUUAUUAUUAUUAUUAUUAUUAUUAUAUUACUUGAUGGUUCCUUCUCCACUGCUUUUCUGGCGGCCGCCCGUUUUUGUUCCUCCAUCAGUCGACUCCAGCGAAAUUCAGCGCCGAUGUGAGACGGAGGCAAGGACGAUCGACUCGAUUUCCGCGUCCAUGUACACAAACAGCUGUUGAAUGUUACCGUCCAAGUCACAUGAUCCACCGUGCGACAACACGGCAACAGCGCACUCGGCCUUCGAAGCGGCGAUGGCCGGCGGCCGUUCUGCAAUAAUAAUGACCGGUGAAAGCGUUUUGCGUUUUUUUUUUUUUUUCAAUGAUUGGCGUUGAAUAGAAUGUCCAAAAAAAAAAAAAAACAAUGCUGCGGUUCUUUUUCGGAAAUAUGCACAUAAGACGCUCGUGUGGAUCAAUGAUUUUUCCAUGUACGGUCUAAUGGCAAAGCGGGAAUAUUGUGCUGGUAUUAAUAUUCAUGUACAAUGAUGUGUUUGAAAACUGUAUUUAUUUACAUUUAUGUAUAUGACUGACGCAAAUAAUGCAAUAAUAGGGUGCGAUGUGCAAUUAUUUAUUAUGUUGUUUUUUUUGUUGAUUAGCCAGGAAAGCUGCGUAGCUUACAGAAUAUAACAAAAAAUAUUAUUUUACAUUUGGCAGCAGGUUUGAUUUUUCAGCUUUUGAGUUGUGUGUAUUGCAGUUUUUUUUGGGGGGGGGAGUAAUGGAAGUUUGUAACUUUUUUGAUUCAUUUGCUCUGUGCAGAUCUAUAUUAGUUGUGAGUACGUACACAUGUUUAAUUUCAAAGUGUUGGUAAGUAUAAAAAAAACUAAUAAAGUUUCAGUUUUUCUUUCUGUGA